AUGCUGGGCUCCACGCACUUUGCAGUUUGUAGGUUCAACGACAGUUCCACCAAGUCACCUUACACCUGUGUUAUCUACCAAGACCAAGAUGGCGACAUCAGAGAGGCUCGUUCGGAUUGUGACCGGUCCCAACCUGACCCAGUCGUGGUGUCCCGGGACAAUGUGAUGGAGAAGUCCCCUCUUGCAGCCGCUGCUUGGAAGUCAGGUCUUGAGAGACGGGUCUACUUUAUUGAUAAGGGUCUGAAGAUUCGUGAGCAAGCCCUCUCCACAGCGUCUAUUGCUGCACCAAGUGUGUGGAACGUUGGAGGCGCCAUCAACGCCAAAGCAACCCCAGGUUCUCGCCUAGCUGUCGCCGUUAUCACCGACCCGGAUGACCCGACCGAUGCUCGUCCUGGGCUCAAGCUGUUCUAUCAAGUACGGGAUAACGCAAUCCACUACAUCGAAUUCCAGAGACGAAAGAAUAAGUGGUCUACAUCCACCGAGUUUCAAGGCAUCCAGGUUCACACUGGCACCGGUCUGGCUCCAGUAGUCUUCACUCGGCGUUCAGCCAGUGCAAAGAUCCGCUUGUUCUGUCAGGACCCUAACGAGACCUUGAAGGAGAUUUAUAUAGAUGCCGAGGCCGGAGUGCUAUCAUCUAAAAAACGUGGAGCAGAGACUUUUGCAGAUUUCAAACUUCUCCCUCAGGCGUCCAUCAGCGCUGUCAACUGGAAUGCAGCCCUCGACACCUCAACGAAUCUGCAAAUCCGCGUCUUCUCCAUCGCCACCGAUGGAGGUGUUGUGGCAAUGACUUACGAUCAGAGAGACGGUGGUUGGGACGAAACUGCCGUCCAGAUUGCCAUGCCCUCUGUGACUGACGCCACCAAGAAAGAUUCGACGGUCGCAGCAGUACAAGGCUUUGACAGUGCUGGCAAUCUGUGCGUCGAUGUGUUCUACCAGCCCGUGACGAUGAUUGGGCACUUCAAUGCCUUGAAAAUGGCGCCGAUCCAACAAGGUGGAUCGAUGGACUCGACAGAGACCAUCAAGCAAUCCAAUGUCGGCGUCGUUGCUUGGGAUAGGGCCACACGGGAACCAGAAACCUUGCGCGGCACUAGCAUGGAGCUCGUGUCAUGUUCGUAUGACUCUACAAUGCGCACAUGGGAUGCCUCUCGGGGGUUGCCUUUACAUACUCUCCAAGUCUAUUCUCCGUUAGCCCAACCCAAGGCCUCUGCCAUGUCCUUCUCCUUCGUCAAGAGUCAGAUCGCAGUAGCGUUCGACUCCAAGCUCGUCUUGAAAGACGCGAAGAACGGCCAGGCUUUGCAUACAUUCGAAAACAGCGGCUAUGUUCGCUGUAUAGCCUACUCCUCUGAUGGCAGCAAGGUUGCAUGCGGAUCACAAACCUCAGUGUCCAUACGGGACACAGAAACACGCCAGCUUUUAGGAACUCUAGAGCAUACUGAAUAUGUUCAGUGCGUGGCCUUCUCGCCGGAUGGCAACAACAUCAUAUCUGCAUCAUAUAGUCAAGUGAACGUAUGGAAUAUACUGGGAGGCAAGGCCCUGCAAACCAUUCAGCCCGAUGAUACCGUUCUUAGCGUGGCAUACUCACCGGAUGGCAGCAAGAUUGUAUGCGGGUCAUACAUCACAGCGCUGAGUGUAUGGGAUGCGGCGACGGGGCUGCUUUUGCACACAAAGGAACAUGGCUCAGCCGUUCCUUGCGUGGCGUUCUCCCCUGCCCCCGGUCGUUUUCUUGCCUCGGGCUCUGAGAGGAAUCACCAAAGCGUGAAGAUCUGGGAUACUGGGACCUGGAACCUCCUGCACACUCUCCAGGGGCAUACUAGCAGCAUUCUCAGUGUGGCGUUCUCGUCCGACGGCAGCAUGCUUGCUUCGGGCUCGGGGGACCAGACGGUGCGCGUGUGGGACGUGGUGACCGGGCGGCUUUUGCAUACCCUCGAGGGCCAUACUGCCACCGUUGCAUUUGUGGGAUUCAAGCCGUAG